AUGGCCAUCUCCCUAUCGACAUCGCUUUGCGCGGUGGUGAUCGUCGUCGUCGACAAUCGUGUGGCUGCUAGACUCGGCCCAUUAUGGUUCAAGAUCACACUGUUCCCUUUCCUUUACGCCACUACAUGGGGUAUCAUAUCGUUGCUCUCACCCGUUGGGGGGCUUUUGAACUGGAGCCCCAUGGCCGGUCUUGGUCCGUACACCUGGUUACGGUCCUACUCCGGCCAAAUGGGGGUGGACUUUGUCGCCGCAGCAUGGAGCACGAUUCUUUACGAGUUCAUCACGGCUUGGUUCCUUGGGACAGAAACCGGCCCUACCAGGGGCCAUGAACGGCUCAUUGACAUUGAGUUCCCCCAGGACAGCGAUCGUGCCGACGUUCAGAACGAAUCAAUUUCACCCUCACGUUCACGACACGUCCAAGCUCUUGCAGCUUUUCUUUUACUCCUCAUGGUGCCAUCCUACCAUCACACUCUCCCUUUGCCGCAGUAUACCUCCGGCAGCGUGCCAUUGUCUGUCGGUUGUAUACUGCCACAUCCACCCGCCGUCGGCGGUGUUCCAACCCUUCAGGAUUUCGUCAGGGAAACGACGCGGUACGUAAACCGUGCUGAAAUCCUGUUGUGGCCGGAGGGAGCUGUUAGCUUCGACAACGCCGAGCAGAAAAGGGCCGCGAUAGAGGCCGUCGCAAGUAUAAGCCAAUCAAAGUAUAUCGGCAUAUCUUUCGAAGAGGUGAUUGCACCUCCAGGUGGGCAAAACCGGGUGGUACAAAAACGCAAUGGAUUUGCCCUGAUCCAUCAGACCGGCGUCGCUUUCGAAUAUUAUAAGCAGCAUCUUAUACCGGUUGCUGAGUCGUUCUCGAUGGCGGCGUCCCCUGACCCGCCGGAUGUACACAUCAUUUCACCGAGACUGUAUUUCCCCAACGGUUCGAAAUCGGCUCACCCUCUUCCCGUAACCGCAAGCAUCUGCCUGGACUUCGCAUUUCCCGAUGCCUUCACAACGCUACCCUCUCGUCCCUCUCUGAUCCUUGCACCAGCUCGCACUUGGCAUACGGGCGUGGGUGUCGCGAUGUGGGUACAAGCCCUGGCCCGUGCGGAGGAGAUGGGGAGCCAGGUCCUUUGGUGUGAUGGCGGUGAGGGCGGCGUGAGCGGAAUCGCUGGUGGCGGAUUCACGGAAUUCACGCAGGUCGGAGCUGGCUCAUGGGUCAGGACGAUAGGCGUUCAAUGGCCUUUAGAGCAUAAGUCGACGGUUUACGCAUGGGGCGGAAGCGGGCUCGCUUUCAUUCUCGUCUGCCUACCGUUCGGAGUCGGGUGGCUGGUGGCUGCUGUUCAAAAAUCCGGGACGAAUGGACGACCCUUCAUAGGGUUUGGACGGCAGGCAAGGGCGAUGCUUCCUGACUUGUUUCAGCAGCAGAGAUUGGUGCAAGGAGAGCAACGGCCUCUUCUGGGAUGA